CUAACCUUCUUUCUUUUUUUCCUCUUCUUUUCGGUUUAUUUUUGCAUCGAUUUGGUAAUAGUCCCAUCCCUUUUUAGCUUCGUUCUCGUUUUCUGCGAUUCUAGGGUUUUUUAUUUCUAUUUUCCCCCUCUCUACCACCACCACCGACACCGUCAUUUUUUGAUUGUUUUGCUACACACUUUUUCCGCCGUUCUUUCUUGUUUGGCUGCUCAGAAACACCGGGAAAAUACAUUGAAAGAAUCAUUCUCUAACCAGAGGCCCAUCAUGUGUGGUUACUUAUGGUAAUGCUUCCUCUCCACUAUAUAUGUGGGGGUGUUACUAGCUUUUUAACCUACCGUAUCGCUAAUAUUUCCUCUGUGGGACACUUUUGAAGGUUUUAGUAGAUAUCUGAAGUCGUAAAGGCAACUAAAUUUCUCAAACUCUCAACAUCCUAUUGCAUAUUUCUUCAUCCCAUAUAUAAUUGUGGCUGCUUGGGAGAUGACAAUUUUUAGUGUUCAAGACUUGCAUGCUUAAUGGACUGCUCGCCAACUAGCUGUGACAAGAAAACUUUGAAGAGGUGGUUUUUUAUUGACAAAAGGGUUGGGUGAAGAUAAUAUCUCAAUUGCAUACUGAAAUCGUCAACCAAUUCAUUUUGUGCUUCUGAUAACACUUCAUCUUUAUAUCAAAAGCUGCUCAACAAAUCUGGAUCCAAUGGACCUUAAAUCUAAUCACACUGCUCCUGUUCUCACUGACCCUGCACCCAUAACCAAGUCAAGACUGGGCAUUCAUUCUACUCUGUUGCCCUACGCAUCUGCUGGAUUAGCCUUUUCAUCAAAUUUGUGGCUAACUAUUCCUAGGAAGAAAACUGGAGUUCUAGAUGAUGUUCGCUCCAGUAGCUGGCUUGAUGCCAUGAAAUCCUCAUCUCCACCUCAUAAGAGGAUAGCCAAGGAUUUUGGUACCGAGCUCUCAUCAGCUGACAUCGAUUUUGCCUAUCGCACAUGGAUGCUCAAGUAUCCAUCAGCACUAACAUCUUUUGAUCAAAUAGCAAAUUUUGCAAAGGGAAAGAGGAUAGCACUGUUUUUGGAUUAUGAUGGAACUCUAUCACCAAUUGUUGAUAACCCUGACUGUGCCUUCAUGUCUAGUGCUAUGCGUUCUGCAGUAAAGAAUGUUGCAAAAUGUUUUCCAACAGCAAUAAUUAGUGGAAGAAGCCGUGAUAAGGUAUACGAGUUUGUAGGGCUAAAAGAACUCUAUUAUGCUGGUAGUCAUGGGAUGGACAUCAUGGGCCCCGUUAGACAAUCUGUUUCUGAUGAACACACAAACUGUAUCAGGUCUACUGAUCAGCAGGGCAAGGAAGUUAAUUUGUUCCAACCUGCUAGUGAAUUCUUACCCAUGAUUGAUGAGAUCAACAGUUCCCUCAUUGAGAGUACCAAACAUAUUAAAGGAGCCAAAGUGGAAAACAACAAGUUCUGUGUCUCUGUACAUUAUCGUAAUGUAGAUGAGAAGAGCUGGACAACAGUUGCACAGUGUGUUCAUGAUGUCAUAAAAAACUAUCCACGCCUGCGAUUGACUCAUGGGAGGAAAGUUUUAGAAGUCCGACCUGUGAUCAAUUGGGACAAGGGGAAAGCUGUGACGUUUUUGCUUGAUUCCCUCGGUCUGAGCAACUGUGAUGAUGUGCUUCCAAUUUAUGUUGGAGAUGACCGGACAGAUGAAGAUGCAUUUAAGGUUUUGCGAGAGAGGAAUUGCGGGUAUGGUAUAUUAGUGUCAUCGACCCCCAAGGAAAGCAAUGCUUUUUACUCUCUCAGGGAUCCGUCGGAAGUGAUGGAGUUCCUAAAUUCCUUGGUGAUAUGGAGUAAAACAAGUGCUCUAUAACCAUUAUAUAAAAGAGGAGUAGAAUACUCUGACAUACACAUACGAUAAGAAAAAGCUUAUAUGUUUCUUCUUUUGUUUUAUUAAUUUUUUUCUUCUAGGAAAUACAGCAAGUAGUUUAGAAGCAGAGAUCCUCAGUCUGCCUAAUUAUGACAGUGCUCAAGUGAAUGCUGCUUCUUGUGUUUUAACUGUAAAUCCCUUUGUUUAAUUAUCUUUAUAAUGCUGCUCUUUAUAUAGCUUAAUUAAGCUUACUGUA